UAGAAUGCUCUUGCUCUCUCAAAUAUAUAUAGUUUCCUUCUUUCUCAACCUCUAAGCCUUCCACAUUAUAGAAAUGAAGUUUGCAGGUUGCGGCAGCGGACGAGGUAGAGGAAAACUCAAUGAACAUGGGAUCAUGGAAUUCAAGUCUAAAAACUUGGAUGCUGAGAGGAGAAGAAGAGGAAAACUUAACCAAAGAAUCAAGGAUUUACGUGCCGCGGUUCCUAUUAUCAGUAACAUGACUAAAGCGGCCACUCUAGACGAUGCAAUAACAUACAUUAACGCGUUAAAACAACAAGUAGACGGUCUCAGUGAUUGUCUUGAACAAAUGGAUACUACAGUACUUCCUCGAGCAGUAGAAAUAGAGGAGACUCAGGUCCAAGUUGAACUGGAUCAAAAUAUUGAGAAAUGCAGUAUAGUUGAGGAAGUUAAGGUAAGCUACUUAGAAGAAAAUAAAUUGUGCAUCAAGAUAGUAUGCUAUUCAAGAAGAGGUAUUUUCACCACAUUGCUGGAACUAAUGACUUCUCUGGGGUUUGAAAUUAUGGACAACAAUUUUAGCUCCUUCAAAGGUGUUUGUCUCACUACCUUAUCUGUCAAGGGGAGUAAGGUGGAAGUGACUGAACUGGAGAAACUUGAAGAGUAUCUGCUACAAGCUGUUACAAGUUUGAACAACAACUUCAAACUCUAA